UCUGUUUAGAAACUUUAAAAACAUAAAUUCUUAGUUCCAGGGGAUACCAGCGAAAGAAAAGACGCACUCGUUAAAUAUGCGAUCCACGAGUUAAAGGUUUGGGAUCCCUGUCCUUUAACUUGUGGUCCUGAGGCGGAUGAAAAUGGCGGAAAAUAGCAAUGUUUUUGUGUAUGACUUUUACAUGCAAUGACUUGAAAGGUUGAAGUUCUGAAAAAUGRACAUAAACGAGAGUUUAUUUUCCUUGGAGCUAAACGUCGAAAAUAUCAAWGGGUUAAAAGUUCCAUGCGUCAUUCCAGCCGUGAGUUUUCGUCUUCUUGACUUUCCAACGUUAAUCCUCCAUCAUGUCUCCCCUGCAAAUGUGCAAAAACUCCGUGAAAAAUCACAAGUACAAGGCAUURCAAAAGACUCUAUACAAGCUGAAUUCAGGGACCGUCAUGGGAAUAUUUGUUUUUCCAAAGGGAAGUCUUGUCUUUUUAGGGMUAACAUUGAAAACUUGCAAAGUAAAUUACAGGGUACUCCACUUUACGUUAUGCUGUUGGAUGUUUGGCAUAAGAAACCAAAACUUGUUGCGAGUACAUUGAUUCCUUUAAAGAAUACAAUUGAUAAGAUUGCAGUUGAUGUAGAACAAUCAGGAAUCUCUGUGCCUACAAUAAGCCAGCAAGAGGGUCUAUAUCAAGUCUAUAAUCUUAUGGGUACAAUUGUAGGCACUAUCAAACUUUGCAUACGAUUGUUGAGCUUAGGAGGGUGUUUAGCUCCUCAUCUUUCCUAUAAAUCUAUCAUUCAAUCAGAAAGAAAGCUAGAGCAGAAGAAAACUUUGGACGAUAAAGGGAGUGAUAUUAUUCUUGAAGAUUUAGAGGUCAUUGAUGAMGAACCAAGCUCUGGGAAUUUACCAKUAACAUUGCAGUGUGCUGCAACACAGACUAAUACUCAAACUCCUGAAGUACAAGCACACAAACCUGUCACACACGCAAGCCCUCCUUAUAUGGAAGAUGUAGAAAGCGAGACUGCAAUUAUUUCUAACACAGUUUGUCCACCUCCUCUAUAUUAUCAUGUCAUGUCUCAYGCUGAGAAUACUGGCAAGAAAAAUGAAAAUAGGACAAUGAAAGAAACUAAAUUUGAUGAUAGUUCUUUAAACAUCAAACAUGAUGUAGACUUUGUUUAUUAUAAACCUGACUUAGUGCAACCUGAUGGGAGYUGUGGUUGUGCRUCUGUCUCAGUUCAAACGGACAGCAAACAUGAUUUAACAGAAAGACAAAAACCCAGUGAAAAUCCUAGCAUUGUACAUGAAGAAUUAAAUUCUAAUGAGCUUCCUCUUCUUACUGCACUUCUAGAAGAAUUGUCAUUUUUAAGAACACAUAGAAAAGAAAAUGCAAAAGUACCAACACCUUUAAGAAAGGAAGUUUCCYUACCCAAACCAAAUGAGCAGAGACUGAGGGAGUGCUGCUCUAAGGUAGUGGACAAGAAAUUAAGUGAAAAAUCCAAAAAGGUGAAACCUUCAGUACUUAUGCAGAAAAGAGUAAAAUUUAAGCAAACAAAUUUGAAGUAUGGGAUGACAAAAACUCAACUAUUGAGACUAGAGAUGAACCAGAAAACAAAACAKUCAUCAAGAAGGGAUGCAACAUCAAGUAGRAAAGACUUUCCCUCUCAAGAAUUAACACAGCCAGAGAAAAAAUCUUCUGAUCUUGAAAGAACACACACUGUAUUUCAGAGGCCAUUUAUAACAGAACAGCAAAAUAGAGUGACAGCAGAAACACAAACAGAUGAAGGUGUUGAUGAAACAAGGUUUAGUGAAUUAAAAAAAGACAAUGAUACAAUACGACCAGACAGUGUUGACAGCAGUUCAAGAUGCCUAAGUAGCCCAAACAGUGUAGAGAUCUUCCUGCCUCAAAUGGAAGGUGAGUCAGAUCRUAGUGACAUCUUUGAUGUUACUGCUCUUGAUGCUGAAGACAGGUUUGCUCCUCACUYGACAUACAACAAAUAUGGACACACAGGGAUCCCAGAUAUUCCAGAACAUGCCAGCCUUGACCAUCCAGACUCAMCAYACAUAAGACCUGACCAAUCAGAAMCAACAGAUGACCAAUCAAAUCUCAGCAAAAAUUCUGACAUAUCUAAUUCACACAAAAAGUCUCCUGACCAAUCCGAAGGUGUUAAARGUAGUCCAGUCUCUACGCCAUCACCAAGAAAGACCCCAGACCUGACAAGAAGAAGAUCAAUCACUUCACAAACAGCUAAAUCUCGGACAUCAACUGCUCUCUCAAUGUAUUCAGAUGAUUUUGAAGAAUGUCCAGUCUGGGAAACACCAAAUCCCUCUGGUGAUGAAUCAACGGAUUCUAUAUCCCAAUCAUCUUAUCAUUCGAUGGAGUCUCAGGGAAGAGAAGCAGAGGAAUCAGACAACAGCCAGCCAGUAAAAUCUUAUUAUUCACCCCUUAAGUCCGACAAGAAUAGCAACAGCGCUUCUGAGGAAUCUCCACCACCUCAAGAGCAUGAUUCACUUAGUAAAGACAAACAGAAAAAUGUACUACAUUUACCUAAACCUGGAAAUGAUUUGGGCUACACUUUUUAAUCAAAGGUCUUGAAACGUAUCCUUUUUAGUUAAGUAGUUUUAUGAUUUUGUACAUGCCUAUACUCAGCAAWGGGAAUGUACUUGACUUAUUGUUAUUUUCACUCUGUUCUUGCUUUGAAUAAAAGUCAUACAGAAAGAAAUACAAAAUA